CACGGCCCAAGCCCUUGGCACCCUGCAAGCACAUCCGCCGCGACGAACCACUCUACAACAUGCACGUGCUUGGAUUUGCUAUUUUCGCGACGGUGCUCGCCGUCGUGCCAACCCAUGCCUAUCGCCUGCGUCGCACGGCUGAAGAAGACGACUGCUUGAACGAAUGCCGGGCGUUCGUCGGCACGUUUCAAGAAGGUGUGUGCGAGCCAUUCCGAUACCGCGUGCCACGCCCCGCGCUCUACUCUCGAUGCACGGAAGCGUACACGACUGGGACGGCUGCCGGGUGCGCAUACUGCACGGCGUCGGCGUCCAAGUUGGCGCACAUCACGGAUGGCGUGUUCCAUUACUGCGACCAGUGGGGCCGCGGCCACGACCGCGGGUACGAGCAAGCGUGCAAGGACGGGUACCUGGCCGCAGUGACCAACGUGAAGCGCUUUCUUAAAGCGAGCGCCUACGACCCUGUCCGCGAUGACGACGAAGCCGACGGCCGGCCCAAGAUCGUCGCGGCCAACUCGAUUCGCCGCCAUAACGACGACAACGAUGUCGAGUCGGCCGAGUCGAUUGUGCAGCGCCAUUUGAACGAAGCUCGCCGGGAAGCCAUCAGUGACUUUGAGAAUCGGGUCGACCGGCAAGACUAUCGCGGCCUCUGAAUCGCUGCGUGUGUGCCUUGACCUCUGCCACGGGCCGUGACUCCCCCACUCCGUCUAGAUUAGUAAUUAAAGCUUCCACUGAUGUUGACAUGCUACUCCAUGCCAUCGUCGUCGGACGCGUCGCUGCCCAUGUAGCUGCUAUUGUCGUCAAUCUCGAGGCCUUCGUACGCCUCGUCGUCUUCAUCGUCACUCACCAUGUCCUCCACAACGUCUUCCGCCGCCGGGACGGCCGCGAUCGGAGCGGCCUUGACGCCUUCGUCUGUGAAUAGCACAGCGUUGAGCCGCUGUUUGGCAUAGUACGUGUGCACGGCUUUUCGCGCCUCGAUGUGGUGGACAUGCACCAUGCGAUCGAGCCCGACGGACGCCACAUACGGAAGCGUCGGAUGCAGUGCCAUGUCUCGAAUCGACCCCACCGGACCGUGAUACCGACCCAAGUGCUUGAAAGUUCGCAUGUCGAUAGCGUUGACGUUGCCUGCCGUGUCGCCAAACAUAACACGGUGGUCCUGGACGACGAGUGAUGUGAUGGGGUGCUCGCCAAAGGACGUCUCCAGCACCGGUCGUCGCUUCGCACUCGUGUCGUAAAUGCGGAUCUGAUGGUACGCUGUACCAACGACGAGACGGUGGCCACUUUCGCUGCCACCCGCGGCCGACGUCGGCGGCAAGAACGUGAUGGCCUUGACCCACACAGGGACGCGCAUGUCCAAGUUGUCGUGGGUGACGUUUUUUGCUUUGAAAACUGCCUGCUGGGUCUGCAAGUCCCACACGUUCAUGUCGCGCUCUUUGCCACCGAUUGCAAUCACAUUGGACGCGUAUGGAUUCACGCGCAGCGUGUGAAUGUCGUUGCCGACGUUGAACGCAGGCGGGUUCGGCUUCACGUGCAACGGGUGGACCACUUCGACACGUCCUGCCGUGUUGCAGCGCACAAUCGACCCGUAUUCUGCGACAACGCCCAUCCCGACAGGGCUGCCUUCUCGCGUGAAGCUCCACGGCGACCCACCGUUGAUACCGACACAGUCGACGUCGCCGUUUGUGCGCGCAACGACCACGUCCUUGUCGGACCAUGCCAGGUACCGAGCAGAUUUGCUACGGCCCUGCGCCGUGCCUGUGAGCAUCGUGGCAGUGGCUGCUUCGAGAGCUACGUUCUUGACGAGCCCGGUUUCAUCGCCGACGAUGACGCGCAUGAUGCUUCAACGCGAC